UCGAGGCGGGAGGGAGCAGCGUUCGUAUAAAAGCGCGGACAGUUUUCAACUGGAGUCAGUUUCCUCCUGGAAAACCCACUGAGAAAUACCACUGCACAAUGAUGAGCCGCAACUUCUUCGUGCUCCUCCUGGCCUCCCUGGCCUUCCUGGCGCUGGCGCUGGCCAGCCCCUUGCUCCUCGGAGGAGGUUCUUUGGUCAUGGUGGUUUCGGCCAUGGUGGUUUUGGCCAUGGUGGUUUUGGCCAUGGUGGUUUUGGCGGCUUUGGCCAUGGUGGUUUUGGCGGCUUCGGCCAUGGUGGUUUUGGCGGCUUCGGCCAUGGUGGUUUUGGCCAUGGCCACCACCAUGGUUUUGGCCACUUUGGGUAAACCCAGGUUAAAGAGCUGCCAAAUGCUUUCGGCCUUCGCAAUUGACGUGGUCAUCCGCCAGGACGUGAAAACACCACAUUUCGUCGCUACAAACAUCUGCGGAUGACAUCUACAAUAAAUCUAUAAUUGAAAAACCAAUGAUCUUAAA